UAUUCCUUAACAGCAGGGUCAGGGGUAUGAUUUCCUUAAACUGUUCUCUUUACCACCGUCACCCCUUUCCUCCUGACUUUCCCAAGCCAUGGAAGAUUGUGGCAUGGUUGCUGCAGAUUGUGUGGUCAUUUCAUGUUGCUGUCAAUGCUUGAUCCUGCAAAUCACCAUCUUCAUCUUGUUCAAGCUUCCUUGCAAGCUGAUAAAAAAGACAAGAGACUACACCAUGAAGAAGCUUCAGCAAAGAAAGAGGAAAGAGAUUGUAGUGGAAAGUCAAGGAGAAAUAGUACUAGAUCCAUUCAAGGAUGACUUUGUAAGUAUUCUUGGAGAGUCCAUAAGGCCCAUAGAGGCAGGCCAUAGUUGCAGAUGUUGCAUGGAGGAGGUGGACAAGGUGCUUCAGGAGUUAUCUCAGAGAGGAGAGUUUGGAUUUGGAAGCUUUUGGGGUAGAAGAGAAAUGGGUUGUUCCCCAAUUCAUCAUUCAGCAGAAGAUGAUCAAUUUGACAGUAGAUUUGUGCAGUUUCAAUUGAUUGAAAUGGUUGGCUCUGUCAGUUAUUGAUCAUAAGUUAACCUAGCUAGCGAGCUGUUGAAAUGGGUUGUUUAGAUCUUUGUCAAAUAGCCAUGGAUCGAUCAACUUGUUGUGGCUUAUUCAUUUAGUUAUGGUUACAGUUUCUGCAAUUCAUCAAAUAGCCAUGGAUCGAUGGAUGGAUAUGAAACAUAUUCAAGAAGGUGCAGGUUGUCAAUUUCAGUAUGUAAGUCCAAUCCUUUUAUUAUAUAUCAAAGACUUGGACACUUCUAACUUAUCUCACAUAUAGAAUAUCUUGACAGAAGCAUGUCUAGUACAUGUCAAAUAAUUAUUUUGUCCAUUUACUUUGAAAUGUCACGCCUUCAAGACCACACCAUUGUCAACUUUGUUAUGAUUGGAACGUCGCGUACUUUAAGAAAAA